AACUUAAAGCCAUCACAACCUCAGUUCAAACGGACGAAGCGAGAACGGCGUCUAGCGUCCACCCUAUUUUAUUUGUGAUUUUUGUGUGUUUUAGUGUGUAAUAAUGGCCAGUCCGGCGAUGCAAAGGAAGAACCCCCGCAAGGGAUCAAGCGGACAAAAUAUCAAGGUCUUUGUAAGAUGCAGGCCUAUGAACAGUAUGGAGAAGAAUUCAAAGUCAUUUUCUGCAGUGGAGUGCCAACAGAACCGAGAAAUUAUUGUGAGGGAACGACCCCUGGAUAAGUUCACAAAGACCUUCACGUUUGACAGAGUCUUUGGACCGGAAUCAAAACAAAUUGAUGUCUACAAAGCAGUGGCAAAAAAUUCAGUAGAAGAAGUGUUAAGUGGAUUCAACUGCACAAUCUUUGCUUAUGGACAAACUGGCACAGGAAAGACCUUUACCAUGGAGGGAGAGCACACCUCCGAACUCAUGUCUUGGGAUGAGGAUCCAUUGUUAGGUAUCAUUCCUCGCUGUGUGAAUCACCUCUUUGAUGAGCUGCGCAUUCAGAAAGUGGAGUUCACAAUGAGGGUUUCAUUCCUUGAACUGUACAAUGAGGAACUGUUUGACUUGCUGUCAGCUCAUGAUGAUAUGUCAAAACUGAGAUUGUAUGAAGACUCCGCUCGAAAGGGAUCAUGCAUUAUACAAGGUCUAGAAGAGGUUCUUGUUCGCUCUAAGAGUGAUGUCUACAGUGUAUUGGAAAAGGGGUCAGCCAAACGCCAGACUGCAGCUACCCUGAUGAACGCACAUUCCAGUCGCUCUCACACUGUUUUUACGGUCACUAUUCACAUCAAAGAGAACACAGUCGAUGGUGACGAACUUUUGAAGACUGGCAAACUUCAUUUGGUUGACUUGGCUGGGUCAGAAAAUAUUGGCCGAUCUGGGGCAGUUGACAAACGUGCACGUGAGGCUGGCAACAUCAACAUGUCCCUGCUCACUCUAGGGCGUGUGAUCACUUCAUUGGUGGAGAAGGCUCCUCAUGUACCUUACAGGGAGUCAAAACUAACUCGUCUGCUGCAGGAUGCUUUGGGCGGCCGCACAAAGACUUCCAUCAUUGCAACCAUCUCUCCUGCAUCCAUUAACUUGGAAGAAACACUGUCCACCCUGGAUUAUGCUCACAGGGCCAAGAACAUCCAGAACAAGCCGGAGGUUAACCAGAAACUCAAUAAGAAGGAACUCAUUGGGGAGUACUCAGAGGAGAUUGAACGUCUGCGCCGAGACCUAAUGGCCAUGAGGGAAAAGAAUGGAGUGUACUUGGCCAAUGAGAACUACCAGGAGAUGAUUACAACCAUGGAGACACAGGCACAGGAAAUCACAGAGAAAAUCAGCCACAUUCGGGCCUUGGAGGAGGACCUAGAGAAGAAGACGGAUCUGUUUACGGAAGUAUCUAGUAAGCUUGAGGAAACACAGGAAAAGCUUGAUACAACCAAGACUACUCUGUCAUGUACUCAGAAGCUGUUGCAUGACACAGCCCAAAAGCUGGAUGAGCAGAAGUAUAUUGUAACAGAACAGGGCAAAACAGAGGAGAAACUGAAGAAUCAAGGCAAAGCCCUAAUUAACCAUGCAUCUGUAACUACUGGCGACCUCUCCAAGCUCUAUGAUAAACUGGAUCGUAAGAAAAAUGUUGACGAAAAGAACACAGAAGUUACCAAGAGCUUCCAGCAGACAUAUCUAGAGCAUGUGGAAACCAUGAAGGCCUCUCUCACAGCUACCGUAACACAGCAAAUGGAAGCUGUCCAAAACAUUUCAUCUCAGUUUGAUGGUUCUGUGAAGAAAUGUAAAAAGGAGGUCCUUGAAAUCAGUUCCCACUUAAGGACCAUUGCCAGGAGCCAAGAUGAACUGGUCAAUAACCUCCAUGAACUAUUCAAGGGGAAGGCACAGGCUGAUGUGGCAGGUACGAAGGAAGUGGUGGACCAGAUAGAAGGACAGUGUGCUGAACAGGAGCUACAACUCAACACUUUCCAGAAGGAACAAGUGCUACCUGCACUGGAGAAGAUAGCCUCCUUGAUUUCCUCUCAUGCCACUACCAUCACUGACUUGUCUGAUAUGCUGAGUAGCAAGUUGAAUGAAUUGCACUCAGAAUGUGAGAAGAGUCACCAGAAUCAAGAAAAAAUGGCCUCCAAGUUUGAAGAACAAAUGAACACACAUUUAGAGGCACACACUGCACGCACUGUUGCCUGCCUCGACAAUGCAAAUACAUUGCGCAGCAAUGUUGAUUCUAAGGCUGAGCUCAUUGCAUCCAAGAUCAACAGUUUGGAAACCCAGCUUGAAGAUCUGAAGCAAAUCAGCAAGGAGCUAACAUCUUCAGCCUCAGCUGGUCUGUCUAAUAUUUCCUCAGAUCUUGGAAUGCUGAAGGAGGAGACUCAGACUGCUAAUGACAAUGUGAAGACAUUGGUUAAGAGUCUUGGUGAGAACAGCCACUCUCACAUCACUGCUACUCAUUCUCUGAAGAGUGAAACUCAGUCUUCAGUGGAGAAAAUGGUCCAUGAGCUGGAGAAUAAUGUGCAACACAUGGGAGAAGAACGAUGCUGCCUAGAAUCUCUGGUGGCACAGUAUUCUGCCUGUGCUUCAGUGUCAAUCUGUGAGAACCGUAAUAUUGCUGAGAAGCACAUCAAAGCAGUGGAGACCAAAUCUGCACAGGAUAUUUCAGACCAUGCUGCUAAGAUUGAGAUGGCUAUUACUUUAACCGAGGAUCUGGAUAUUAAGAACCAAUUGCUGGAGGAUGAGGUCAGUAAACUUGAAAAGCAAUGUGCCCAACUCCAAAAGGAAUGCCAGCAUACAUCUAGGACUCUUCAAAACUGGUCUGAGGACCACAUGGAUUACAUCAAUGCCCAGGAGAUGCACAUCAAUGAAUUCUUCAUGGAGAAGAUGGUUAAGGAUAUACCAACUGGCGAGACACCAGUGCGCAAGGAUUACCCAUACUCAAAGUUCCUGUCUUCCACCUCUCCACACGAGAGACUAAUUGAGAGAUACAGAAGUGGCACUGUCUCCACAAUGUCUAAGAUCCCCCUGCCCAACUUUGAAGAUACAGAGGUAUGGGGUGCUUGUGUACUUCUGUAGUAGUUUGAUAAGACU